AUGACGUCUAACUCUGGUGAUUGGAGGUCCUCACUCACCUCCUCUGAUCGAUAUGACAACAUUCAAACGAUAAAAGUCGCCCUUGAAAAUACAGAUGAUUCGACCUCGUCACAGUCAAGCGCUUUUGCAAUUGAAAACGAAGCUUACAAGAAUUCUACAUCGCGUGCCGAGUAUGAUGAAGCAUGCCGAAAUGCAACUCUCCAAGGGCCAUCGUCAUUGACCCAAACAUCGCCAGUUUCUAUAGGACAAGAUGUUCCGGAAUCACCCGGCAUCAAUAUAGGAUCUUAUCCUAAUUGUCACUAUGUUGCUAGCGGGGUUACUGCUGAGGUGUAUCGAUCUAAGACAGUAGCUCUGAAGGUAAUCGUUGAGACUCGUAACAUGGAACCGCAUAAUCCUUUUAGGGAAGCCAAGAUCUUGAAGUCAUUGAAUAAACCGUGCAUUCCCCUUCUCGGCACUUUCAGAGAUCAGGAGCAGCGAUUUACUCUAACCUUUCCAUUUAUGCCAUUGAGUCUCGAGAGCCUUAUCGAACAGGGGCCUAUAUCGAAAAGUCGAACACAGAAACACUUUACGGAUCUGUUUAAAGCUCUAGACUAUAUCCACCAGCAGGGUAUAAUACACAGAGAUGUUAAGCCUUCUGCAGUGUUACUCGAGUCGCCUGAUGGCCCUGCCUAUCUUUCCGACUUUGGUACGGCUUGGCACCCGGAGUUGUCAGUAUCCACGGAACCUCCCCAUGGCAAAAUUCUGGACAUCGGCACGGGACCAUAUCGCGCACCCGAGACCUUGUUUGGUGAUAAAUCGUAUGGCAGUCCGGUAGAUAUGUGGAGUGCUGGGACCAUGCUUGCUGAAUGCUGUCGAGAUUCACCUCAACCACUUUUCGAGUCGCGAGCUGCUCACGAGGAUGGCAACCAGCUUGGCUUGAUCCUCAGCAUUUUCAAGACCAUCGGAAGCCCCACUCGGGAGUCAUGGCCGGAGGCUGCCAACUUCAAGACACCCCCGUUCGAUAUGUAUCAAGUAUUCGAAGGCCAAACAUGGGAUGAUAUCUUACCGGAUGUCAGUGAAGACUUUCGUAAGCUCAUUGCUGCUCUAGUAGUUUAUAACACUAGUAUCAGAGCCACCGCUUCUCAGGCAUUGCAAUUCAAGUGUAUGCAGAAUUGA